AUGUAUUUUCGAAUGUAUGAAGAUGGAACAGCGUCAGAGGCCAUAUGCGUGGUUUUCUGCUUAAUCUGUGAAGGCAUUCACAAUUGUUUCACUCGCAUGCGGAACUCAUCCCAGUUCCACCUUGUUGCCCGCCUGCAAGUGGGGAUCCAUGCAAUGUGGCCCAGACAAAUAGUCUCCUCCACAGGACUGUGUCGGUUUGGAAGUAGAAUUGACUGCUGCUGGGGCUGGGCCCGAUUGUCCUGGGGACAAUGCCAACCUUUCUACGUCUUAAGGCAGAGAAUAGCCAGCCUAAGGUGCCAGCCCAAAGCUGUAUGCCAGCCAGGAUGCAAACAUGGUGAAUGCGUUGGGCCAAACAAGUGUAAGUGCCACCCAGGAUACACUGGAAAAACCUGCAACCAAGAUGAGCAGCUAUAUACAAGUCCACCUGGUCAGAGCAGUGAAGCACUUCUAUUCCGCCCCCUGGAUCAUCACGCAAGAAAUAUAGCAUCAAGGGAUCUAAAUGAGUGUGGACUAAAGCCACGGCCGUGCAAACACCGGUGUAUGAAUACCUACGGCAGCUACAAGUGCUACUGUCUGAACGGCUACAUGCUUAUGCCAGAUGGAACGUGCUCGAGUGCCCUUUCUUGCUCGAUGGCAAACUGUCAGUAUGGCUGUGAUGUACUGAAAGGGGAAGUACGCUGCCGCUGUCCUUCUCCAGGACUGCAGCUAGGGCCUGAUGCCAGGACUUGCAUAGAUAUUGAUGAAUGUGCUACUGGGAGAGUUAUCUGUCCACGAUUUAGGCACUGCGUCAAUACUUUCGGAAGCUACAUUUGCAGGUGUCAUAAAGGCUUUGAUCUAAUGUACAUUGGAGGCAAAUACCAAUGCCAUGAUAUAGAUGAAUGUUCCCUUGGCCACCAUCAGUGUGGUAGCUUUUCGCGAUGUUACAAUACACCAGGAUCCUAUAAAUGCAAGUGUAAAGAAGGGUACAGAGACAAUGGAACAAACUGCAUACAAACUCCCCUUGUGGAACCAAGCACAAGGCAACCCCUCAGACCACCAUAUGUACCUGCUGUUGUUACAGAAAGGCCGGUGACCAGGCCAACAACUCGACCUACACCCGGGCCAACGACUCGUCCUACACCCAGGCCAACAACUCGACUGACACCAAAGCCAACCACUAGGUAUGUGCCGGUGACAACAAGGCCAGUUACGAAGCCAGUGACGAGGCCUCCACCGCCAACACCACCUCAACCUACAACAUUAAGACCUACACUACCGCCACAAAGAACUCCUCCGAUAACAACUGAAGAGCCUUCACACGUUCCCAUUGAAACUACAUCUUCCCAAGGAGUUACAGAUGACAACAGGAUCCAGAUAGAUCCUCAGAAACCCCGAGGAGAUGUGUUCAUUCCACGCCAGCCUGGAGUGAGCAAUAAUCUGUUUGAAAUACUUGAAAUUGAAAGAGGGAUUACCGCUGAUGAAUUUGAAGCAAACGAUGACCCAGGUGUGCUGGUACACAGCUGUAAUUUUGAUAGCGGACUGUGCGGAUGGAUCAAGGACAAAGAUGAUGACUUGCACUGGGAACCAGUGAGAGAUGCAUCAGGGGGACAGUAUCUUACUAUCUCUGACCCCAAAGGCAAAGAAGGAAGAGUAGCGCAUCUUAUCCUGCCGUUGGGUCACAUGGCUCAGGCCGGUGACUUGUGCCUGUCAUUUAGGCAUAAGGUGCCUGGACUGCAUUCUGGUGCCCUCCAAGUCUUUGUAAGGAAAAAUGGUGCUCACGGACCAGCCGUUUGGGGAAGAAAUGGUGGCCAUGGCUGGAGACAGACACACAUAACUUUACGAGGACUAGGCAUCAAGAGUGUUAUAUUCAAAGGGGAGAAAGGGAAAGGAAGAACUGGGGAUAUUGGACUAGAUGACGUGAUCUUGAGGAGAGGACGCUGCUCUGAAGAGCAUUAGCAAAGACAAUGGACCAGCACAGUCAUCUCCUCUAGCCCUUCUCGUGCUAUUCCUACCAAGCUUUGAAACGGAACUGCACAAAAAAGAAGAAAAAGUUGGAGAGUGACAACUUCCUAGUGGUCUGCUAAGUGCAAUCUCACCGAAACUUCACUUAAAACCAUGGAGAGCACCUCCCAGGAUUCAGGAACUCCAGUCCCGUGCUGGUUGUUUCUAUUAAUCCUUACCCCUAGUUCAUAUUUCGUAUGUGAUAACUUUAUCCCCUGUUAAGCCUGGUGAGUGCUCACACAAAGAGCACUUGUGAAAAAGGGAGAAGUAAUUACAAAUGGUGGCAAAAGAAAGCUCCAGCUCAGAAAGUUUUAGUGUUAACUGAUAUUCAUUAUCUUCCCAUAGUGCUACUCUUUCAUUGAUUAGAUUUGAUAGACAGUGGGAUUGAUCUAGCUUCAGAGUCACCUCAAGAUUAGCAGAAGCCUGGACCUGAACUUUGGCUUACUGCCGUUGACCUUUGAAGAAGGGUUUGCUUCAUAUUAAAUAGCAUUUAUUUUGGUGUUGCAUCUGUAUUAACAAAAAGCAGUUAUAUAGAGUAGGCACUGCAUCCUGUAAUAUUGCUACUGCUGUUUUGUGUAUAUGUGUAUGGUUAUUAACAUAUUUAUGUUUUUAAUAUUUACAGACUCUAGCUGCAAGGCAAUUGGCAGCUGUGCUUUCUUAUUGUACAAGACAGGAGCUCAGCAUAUUCUUUG